AUGCUCACCUCGUAUGAAGAACCUUUUACUGGAAACUGGAAGUAUUGGUUGUUGAGUUCUGCAUUGAGGAGUUAUGGUCCCAUAAAGCGAUCAAUAAAUUGUUUGUCAAAAAUGAACUGGAACUCACAGAUGGAAGUUCACUAUCCAAACCAUGCCAUGCCUUAUAAUUCAAUUGGAAGCUUUGUGGAUUAUUUCGGAGGUCUAACCUAUGAUCAUGGAAAUUUCAUUUUUGCAGAUGCUCCUUAUGUUCAGGAGAGUGCUUAUGCAGCAGCGAAUACUAAUUUGUACAAAUAUGCGGUUUCCGAACCUGGAAGUUUCUCAUACUAUGAAUAUUGGCCAGGUUGUGGAAGCAAAUGGCUCAGUAUCAAUAAAGCUUGCCCAAUUUGUUACAAGGAGAAAUCUGUAAGGAAACCUCUUCUUACUACUGGUUUCUCAUGUGUAAACACAUCAAAUGAGAACUUCCCAUGGUACCCUCCAAAUCCAGAUUCACCAACUCCCCCAAAUGGAAGAGUAUCUGCUACAUACUGCACUCGGAAAAAAAAGCAUUUUACAGGAGAAACAAGACGAUACAAUCUUCGUGUGCAUGUUAAAAAACACGAAUUACUUGAGUUGGGUGAAGCUGUUGGAAAUCAAAACAGGGGUCUUUCUCAAGAACUUAUUGCACUGCUCCCAUUAUCGAAGUUCAAGUGUGGCUUAUUCUCAAGAAAGAGAUUCAGAGCUGAAAGGUGCGUAAUCUGCCAGAUGGAGUACAAACGACAUGAUAGGCAGAUGACUCUUCCUUGCAAACACGUCUACCAUGCAGGUUGUGGAAGCAAAUGGCUCAGUAUCAAUAAAGCUUGCCCAAUUUGUUACAAGGAGGUGAUUGUUAACGCUCCAAAGGACUAA